GCAAGGAAAUAAACUGAAAUUUAAUCAGUUACAGUGUGUAAUGUGUAUUUAUGUGUGAAAAUUGGUGGAUAAACACUUACUUUGUGUAGGGAGAGCUGCUUGCCAUGAUAAAUUCAACAAACCAAGGGACUUUUGGUGACAAAACAAGUGCAUCUGUCACUGGUUUUCAAGCAACCGUCAACGGUUUUUCUGAACGCAAUUCAACGGUCAUUUCUGUUUUAUCCUUGAGUCAGUUCGUGAAUGAAUCGGGAACACACCGCGUGCAACAAUUUUAAUACAAGAAACAAUAAGUGAUUUAUUUAUAAUAUACAAGACAAUUAUUCUCAUGGGCGACUCUAAAAACAUCACCUCAUUUCCUGAAUACCUCAAAGGACUAAAAGCACGGCCGGUACGCAACGGACAAAACCGCGUCGAGGCGAGAAAAAACCGCCUAAACAACCGCGAUAUGCUUCGUGAUUCAAAACGUACUUAUUCACCAAUGCCGCCGACACCCUGCAAACCCACAGCACCACCAACAUUCACCAAACCUUCAACAAUGAAAAAACAACCACAAACCCAACAAAAACAACCCGAAACCGCUGCAAAACCGGGUAAAACCGUUGAGGAACUCAUGGAUAGACUGCAAAAAUGGCGCGCAGAACGCGACAAAAAACGCACCGCAGAGAAAGCCAACAAAAAACCGGUGUUUAAAGUAUCCCGACACGUUGUGAUUCCAUCAGUAGCUGCAAUGGACCUUCCUCUACCUUCCGGAGCAAAUAAUCACACAUUUAAAGCACCAGCUAAUAUAAAACCUAUUCAGUUUCAUUCUAAUACAACUAUGAAAGAUGUGAGCGGUAAAAACAACAUGGCGGUUAAGAAGAGUGUAACAAAAACUAAAAUCAAUGAAGAAAAAGUUCUACAACCUAAAAAUACAAAUAUAAACAUACAGACAACUCGUAGAAAGUUGAAUUAUAGUAAUAAAGAAGAACAAAUCACUGUAAAACCUGAGAGGAGGAUUACAAGACAGCUUAGUGCAAUGAAACAAAAAGGUGACGAUAAAGUAAAUGUUACUGUUAAAACACAGACAAAACAGACUCGACAAACUAAAAAAACAACUAAACUUCAACCAAAGAUUGAAGAAGAGGUUAAUAAAGUUGCCGACGUUGAUGAAGUUGUAAUAACAAAUAAAGAAAAUGUUGGAAAUCCUAAAAAAACAACCAAAUUUGCUAAAACGCCUGUGCAAACACCUAAAAGACGAAAAUCACGCAGGAAUUUACAUGAAACACCUGAAAAUAACGAGAAUAACGAUGUAAGUCCAGUUAAAAAUCGAAAAUCCAACGAAAAUCAAAUCAAAACACCAAAAACAAGAAAAGGGCGCAAAUCAGCUGGUAGAACACCUGGAAUACGAUUAAUUAAUAAACAAUCUGAAGAUAUUGAAGAAAUUAAAGAAGAUACAGAGGAAUUACCAAAAAGUGCUGGGAGUACAGAUUCUGCUUCGAGUGUUUAUCCAUUUGAAGAAUUAAACUCUACAUUUACUCUGGAUGAAGAAAAAGAAACAACGCCUAAAACAGAACACUAUGUGAGUCCUUUCGUGACAAUGUCACGUGGUAAAAGUCUGGCUAGAACAGAAUACAAGUCGCGGUCAUCCAAAGGUGGAGAAUGUGUCAAAUCACCGGAUGUAACAGGCAUUAAAGCAGGUUCCGCGUAUUUUUACAAACUCCUAGAUGAUGAAAUCGCGAGAAUUCGUGGUUUAUGCGAUAAAUGGGAAGAAUACAAGAUGAAUGAAAAUUUACCAGAAGAAGCUUGUAACAUGAUAAAUGUACCAGUGGGCCAAUCAAACCUUCUAAUCUCAAAGAAAAUGAAACAAUUCCGGGCGUUGAUUGACAAAUCUGUUGUUUCCACCGAUGAAUUAUCAGUUACCUGCGCGGAUUUGCAUGGUUUUUGGGAUACUGUGAUGAUACAAGUUAGUAAUCUCAACCAACGCUUUGAGAAUUUGAUUAGGUUACGUGAUAAUCAAUGGCAGGAAGUUUUACCAGAAGUUUCACCAGCAAAAGAAGUUGAAAUAAAGCGUAAACCACUAAAACGCGCUGUUAAAAAACCUUCUGCUGCUGUAAAUAAACCCACAUCGAAGAUUCGUGAUGCAAUUCGUGCAGCCAGAGCGAAUAAACUAGCUCCACCUCAAGAUGGCGGCGGGGCUGAAUUCAACGGUGGUUUCUUUAAUAUAAAAUCACCGAAUAAAGUUAUAGAAGUUAGGCAACCAACAACACAUGCAACUCCACGUCCCUCGAAUGCCAUGUCUUUAUUAAAGACUGUUUUGCAUUCGGAGAGUCGUAAAAGUGCGAGGAAAUCAACAGGAUUAGCGAUUAUAAAUGCAACACGCAAUGCACGAUUAAGUGAUAUUGUCCCAGCUGCUGCUACACCUACGAAAAGUAUUUUAAAGGUGGCAACGCCGCGAAGUUCGGUGAAAAAAGCGGUGAUUUUUAAUGAAGCUGGCCCGGAGAUUUUAGCAUUUGAUCCGCAUCAUUACGAAGAUGAUGUUGUAGAAGAAGAUAAAAGAAAACUUCGGAAUAUAUGCGAUGCGCGCGCACCACUUCGGCGAUCGCUGCGCUUGUCAACGCCGCACACUGAAUGAAAUCAGUUUAUUUUUUUAUAUUUUUAUAUGUAUUAUUUUAAGAAAUAACUUGUUUACUUAUGUAGCAUAAUUGUGUAUUGAAUAAAGAGAUGAUUUAUUUAAA